UCAACAUUAUAUUUUUAUUUUAUUUUAGGUGACUGGCCGUAUUCCACCGAAGGUUCUCCGGGUAUCUGUCUGGGUUUUUUUCUAGAUAAUUUUAUGUUUUAAUUUGUGACUGUCCUUUUAUUCUCUUGUUUUCCAUGUUUAUGUUCAGAACCAUGUGGUGGCAAUCUGACAGACUGGAUGGGUGAAUUUUUUAGCCCCCGAUACCCUAAUAAUUACUCUAAUAAUGUACAAUGCACGUGGACCAUUCAUAGCACAGGGAACAGGACAGUGGGAUUGACCUUUGCCGAUGUUGAUUUGGAAACAUGCUGUGAUUACAUCAGAGUAUAUGAUGGUCCUUCUACCCUCCAACCCUUACUGGGAGAAAUACGAGAGUACAGGAACAAAUCAAGCACCUUCAAAUCAAGCAACGAUGAUCUGACUGUGAUUUUCUACAGUGAUGCAAGUGUACCAAGUAGAGGAUUUCAUGCAAACUGGGUAUUUUUGGGUGAAGAAUCAUGUGGUGGCAAUCUGACAGAUUCGAUGGGUGAAUUUUUCAGCCCCCGGUACCCCAAUAACUACAUUAAUAAUGCAUUAUGCACGUGGACCAUUCAUAGCACCAGGAACAGGACCGUGUCAUUGACCUUCACCGAUGUUGCUUUAGAGAAGUGCUGUGAUUACAUCAAAGUGUAUGAUGGUCCUUCUACCCUCCACGCCUUACUGGGAGAAAUACGAGAGUACAGGAACCAGUCUUUCAAAUCAAGCUACAAUGAUCUGACUGUGCUUUUCUACAGUGAUCACAGUAUAACAAGUAGAGGAUUUCAUGCAAACUGGGUCUUUGUAGAAUCGUGUGGUGGCAAUCUGACAGAUUCGAUGGGUGAAUUGUUCAGCCCCCGGUACCCCAAUAACUACCCUGAUUAUUCACAAUGCACGUGGACCAUUCAUAGCACAGGGAACAGGACCGUGUCACUGACCUUCACCGAUGUUGAUUUAGAAAAGUGCUGUGAUUACAUCAGAGUAUAUGAUGGUCCUUCUACCCUCCACCCUUUACUGGACGAAAUACGAGAGUACAGGAACCAGUCUUUCAAAUCAAGCAUCAAUGAUCUGACUGUGCUUUUCUACAGUGAUGCAAGUGUAACAAAUAGAGGAUUUCAUGCAAACUGGGUCUUUUUAGAAUCAUGUGGUGGCAAUCUGACAGAUUGGAUGGGUGAAUUUUUCAGCCCCCGAUACCCUAAUAACUACAUUAAUAAUGCACUAUGCACGUGGACCAUUCAUAGCACCAGGAACAGGACCGUGUCAUUGACCUUCACCGAUGUUGCGUAGGACACUAUUUGAUUUUCUUAAUUUUGGAACUGAGAAUACUAAAAAUGUGUAACUUUC